UGACAAAAUGGAACACACCAGCAGUGUGAGGAGACCUGAAAGUGGCACAUGGCAUGGCAGAGUGUGGCGAUGGAGACAGCAGCAAUGGGAGGGCCGUACAGGGACCCAUGAGGCACUGUGGACCUGGCAGCAGCAUGAGGAGGCGGUACAGGGGCCCAUGGCAGAUUAGGGGCCUGGCAGCAGCAAUGGGAGACGCCCGUAAUCUGCCAGCAACCUAUGACAAAAUGGAACCCAGCAGCAGUGUGAGGAGACCUGAAAGUGGCACAUGGCAGAGUGUGGCGAUGGAGACAGCAGCAAUGGGAGGCGGUACAGGGACCCAUGAGACACUGUGGACCUGGCAGCAGCAU